AUGUCGGAACCUUCAGUAAAUACCCUUAGAAUCAAGCGGAAGAGGGACGAACAAGGCCCACAUGCUCUCGUUGUCGACCAACCUGGUGCCAAAAAGCACCAGACAUACCACGGUGCUGUCUUCAGACGCAUAGACCCCAACGAUGCCUCAUUCGGCCGAGCCCAGGCUCCUCAACGUACUGCGAGUGCUUAUGUCCUCCCAACUAUUCCAAUCGUACGAACCACUCAACCUGGAGAAGAGAACCGGCCUACUCGAGCACGCUUAGAUUCUACAACACCUGCCCAGUCUCCCCACACAAGCACUACACAACCGCAGUCUCCCAGUCACUCGUCGCUGCUGCACCAGCUACCCGCAGACACGUCAACGUUCAGGCGAUUCCACCUCUCUCGGCGGUCUCUUCCUGCCUCUCAUGCAUCGCCUAGUGGUGUAGACAAGAAGAGGAAGCGCGAGAAUGCAGUCCCCGUAUUUGUCGAGCGGAAGAAGAAGACCCAGACAAGCACACAAGGUGAAGCGAGUAAAGCUGGAUCACAGCAAGAGCAUGGCGGCACCGAAGAGUCGAAAUCCAAGGACAAGGCCUCGGCCGUACGCAAGCGCCCUGGUGCUGGUGCCGUAGAACUGCAAUGGAGGGCGAGGAACUGGUCCACCCUGGAGAGUAAGAAGUCUUUCGACACCCUGAAGCAACCCCCGAAAGACGUCGUGAAAGACUUGGAGAAGUUUGCCGAGGAAAUUGACCAUCAAGAAUCCAAGACCGCCUCGAGUCCUCCGAGGGCUACUCCAACGAAGCGAGGCCCAAAAGCACCAGCCCUUAGAUACAAGGAUAGGUACCCCGAGGAGUCCAAGACCCAAGACCACGAUGCUAUCGAUGUCGACAUGGAAGACGAGGGCGACUAUGUAUAUGACACAUACGUCCGCGACGUCGAUAUGACCAAGCCUCUAGACGAAGGUGGCAUUCUUGGUCUCAUUGUCAUAUCAGAUGAGGAUCAAGAGCUUUGGGAUACCUUUGAAGAUAAUGAGGAAAGCGACGAGUUUGAUACUGAUGACGAGGAUGAAAACGCGGAAGACUACUAUGGCGCAGAUUACCCGGAAGAUGAGGUCGACAGCGAUGACGAGAUGGGCUUAGAUCCAUACAAAUACCGUCAUGGCGCCUCGGACGACGAAGAGUACGACGCUGAGGACGCAGCGUGGAGCAAUGACGAAGAAGCGGACCCUGAGAAGCCUUGGAUGAACAAGCUCCAACUGAAGUAA